AACGUGGCUGAAUUUUCGCUUUUUUUGGUGGAAAUCUCUAAACAGCUCCCUAGGUUUAAUCCCAACAUGGAUUGUCGGGGUGUGAAGUUAUUCUGAAGUGAAUUUUAAAGCGCAGAGCUGAGUGGAGUCGGUUGGACGGAGCUGCUGUCAAACUCGUGCACUUUUCACUCCCCGCUGCCUGUUUUCACCUCGGUGUGGACUUUGUUAUUUCAGGGACGCUGGCAGAUAAAAACGUGUGUGGGGGUUUUUCUUCAACAUGUCAGCCGAAGUGGCGAGCGAAUGUCGAUUAGAAAAGAGCGACCAAAACGGCACGAACAGCGCGGACACCGAGCGACCUCCCGAAGUCCACUCCGAAGAGCCCAAAGUCGACUCGAAACCCCCUGAACUGGGGGCUCCGGGGGCUAUGGACGCCGAGCCGGACUCUCCGAGCAAAAGCGACCCCAGUCAGAAAGAAAACGACCAACAUGUGGCAGGUAACAACCAAGAAAACGACAAGAAGCAAGUGGCUGAGGCUCCGCCGCCCAAAGUGAACCCAUGGACGAAAAACAACUCGAGUAAUAACCCUCAGGAAACGGACUCACAGAACCCUGCCAAAGUGGUGCGUGCCAACAAGCCCAGAUCCAGAAAGUCCAGUAAGUCGAGUGAUUUCAGCGACAUCACCAACUGGCCCACGCCUGGUGAAAUCGCCAGUAAGGAGCAGCAGCAGAACGCACUGAACACGCAGGGCCAGAAGGUUUCGCCCGCCCGCAAAGAGAGGAGAAGAGAGCACGGCGGCGAGAGGAGAGAGAAGGAAAGCGGCAGCGACGGGAGCGACAGCAAAGAGAACCGAGAGUCACAGCAGGAUUCGCACCUGCCCACCGAGCAGGACAAGGAAACGGCCAAGGAGACUCAGAGCAGCGCCCCCCGCAGGAGAGGAGGCUGGAGGAGGGAGGUCUUCGACGACGCCUCGAGCGUUCGCAGCGAGGGCAGCGUCCGCGGUGGCCUACGGGGCCGGGGCAAAACCCGGGGCAGAGGCAGAGGUCGUGGCAGAGGUCGUUUAGACUACUUCCACAGCAAUCGGGAAUCCUACCUGGACGGUUCCAGCAUGCCCCCCGAGUUCGGCACCAACAUGAUGUACUUCUACGACGACGGAAACAGGGUGCAGAUGUACACCAUCGAGGAGAGUCUGCUCAAAGAGUACAUCAAGCGCCAGAUUGAGUACUACUUCAGUCUGCACAACCUGGAGCGAGACUUCUUCCUGCGGAGAAAGAUGGAUGCCCAGGGUUUCCUGCCCGUCUCUCUGAUCGCCGGCUUCCGCCGCAUCCAGGCCCUCACCACUGACCUCAGCCUCAUCAAGGAGGCAAUAAAGGACAGUGACGUGGUAGAACUGAUCGAUGAGAAGAUCCGGAGAAAGGACGAUCCGGAGCACUGGCCGAUCCCCGGUCCACCUCCCAACGCCUCACACACUGAUUUCAGCCAGCUCAUUCACUGUCCCGAAUUCGUACCGGGACAGACCUUCACCUCCAUCAACAAAGUCUCGACCUCGCCGGCCUAUCAGGACGCGGCCCAGUCUCCCCCCGCCACAAACGGCCAGCUGACCGACAGCUCCGAUUCCGACGCCAAACCCCGGCCCGACGAGUCAUCCACGGUUAAAUCGGAAAGUGCGCCCGGCGAGGACGAGAGGACCUCUAAAGGACCGUCCGGCAGCGCGCCUGACCAGGAGAAUCAGUGGAUCCAGGUGGAGAAACGCCACAGACAGGCGUCUGGGAAAAACAAGUCAUGUGAAACGCUUCACAAUCCCCUACCUCCACUUCCUCCGUGUGAGCCUUCUUCUAUAACAGAACGUUCUGCGCCGGCCCAGUCGAACCCCAACCCUCCGCCCGAGGCCGACCAAGAAGAGCUCGACUUCCUGUUCGACGAGGAGCUGGUGCAACUGGCCGCCCCCCGGAAGAACACCUUCACCGACUGGUCGGACGAAGACUCGGACGGCGAGCUGGACGACAGCGACGUGAACAAGAUCCUGAUCGUCACGCAGACUCCGCCGCACAUGCGCAAGCAUCCGGGCGGAGACCGCACCGGUAAUCACAUCUGCCGUGCCAGGAUCACCGCCGACCUCGCCAAAGCCAUCAACGACGGUCUUUACUACUACGAGCAGGACCUGUGGACCGGGGACGAGGACCAGCUGGACGCUACCAAUGCUAAGGAAGUGGAGAACUUUAAGAAGCUCAACGUGAUCAGCCAGGAUGAAUUUGACAACUUGACCCCGAAACCACCCGUCAGCACCAACCAGGAGGUGCCACCCCCUCCCCCCUGCCAAGAUGAGCUCAGCCUGGCCCAGUCCGUGCCUACUGACAUCCCAGAAUGCCCCAGCUCUCCCCGGACCCCUCGCACCCCCCGCACCCCUCGCACCCCCGGUCGCCAGGACCCGAGCAAAACGCCCCGCUUCUAUCCCGUAAUGAAGGACAGCGGGAACAUCGACGGAAAGACUCCCAGGAAGAGGAAGACGCGUCACAGCUCCAACCCUCCCCUGGAGAGUCACGUAGGCUGGGUGAUGGACUCUCGCGAACACAGACCGCGCACCAGCUCCAUCAGCAGUUCCACGACUUCUCCAUCAGAGGGCGCCCCUUUGCAGUCAGGAAGCUACGGAUGCACCCCUCAGUCUCUGCCCAAAUUCUGGCACCCGUCGCACGAGCUGCUCCGAGAGAACGGCUUCACCCAGCAGGUCUACCACAAGUACCGCCGACGCUGCCUCAACGAGAGGAAACGAUUGGGAGUGGGUCUGUCUCAGGAGAUGAACACGCUCUUCAGGUUCUGGUCCUUCUUCCUCAGAGACAACUUCAACCGCAGGAUGUACGAGGAGUUCAAGCAGUUCGCUGUGGAGGACGCCAAGGAGAACAACAGGUACGGACUGGAGUGCCUCUUCAGGUUUUACAGUUACGGUUUGGAAAAGAGGUUCAGACCAGACAUCUUCAAGGACUUCCAGGAGGAAACAUUACAAGACUAUGAGAAAGGUCAACUGUACGGUCUGGAAAAGUUCUGGGCCUUCCUGAAGUACUCGAAGGUUAAAGGGCAUGAAAUAGAACCCAAGCUGCAGGAGCAUCUUCGCAAGUUCAAGAGCAUAGAUGACUUCAGGGUGGAGCCACCAAUGGGAGAGGAUCAGGGAGGCAGGAGGCGGAGACACUCGUCCUCCGGAGGAGACGAGGGCAGACGCAAGCGCUACAACUCCUCCUCGGAAGCCAAAACGGAUUCGACCAAUCGGUCCGCUUCUCCGGCAAACACUAAACCCGGGCCGGCAAACGCUAAAACCACCUCAGCCAAUCAGCGGGCUGCAGCCAAGGCAGCCUCGGCCAAUCAGAGAGCAGCUGCUAAGAGCGCGAACGAGCCUACUUCGGCCGCAAAGGAGGACAAGAAGAGGAAUCAGCAAUCGGAUGCAGCUAACAAAACCAAAGAUGGACACGCGGCGAAUUAAAUCAUCCGUUAUGGUGCAUUGAAUGAUGGGUAUUUUAAUCAAAUUAUAUAAAGGCUGUUGUUUUACAGCUACACUGUUAAUCUGCUACAUGAACCAACUGUUAAAGCAUUCAAAAAGUAUUCAACCAUCAAAAUUUCAGCAAUUUUACUACUUUACACCCGUAGGUUUAUUUUUUAUAUAUAUUAGCAGGAACAGCAUCAGACUUUCAUUUUAAACGUUUUAAUCAGGCACAAUCGGUAUCAUCGUUCUGCUGUCUAGUUUGUGGACAGCGCUUUCCUUGUUGAAUGUAAAUCUCUUUUGUUUUUAUUUUAUCCUCUGGGGUGCCUUACAUUUCAAAGAAAAGUUUGAACUGAAUCAUAUCAGGAAAUAGAUCCGGACUUUUAUCAGACGCGUCGUAACUUCGUGUGUGUGCCUGAUCAAAAUGACUCGCUUACUAAAAUGAGACAGUGUUUAUUCGUUUGAGGGAGGGGGGGGGGGGGGGACAACACUGACUAGCGCAGAUUGUACACUACUGGAGCAAAAGUAUUGGGACACGCCUUCUAUUUUUGGAAUUUGUGUGUUUCAGCCACAACAGUCGCUAACAGGUGUGAUAAAUCAAUUACAUAAAGGAAUUGAUGACGCCCAGCGCCGAGAUUCUGACCUCCUCGGUUCAUCUAGCCAUCUAGCGGGCAUGAUUGGCAGUGCCUGCAGCAGAGACGUCUCUGCUAGGGCGGGAUGACCGGACUAUGUGGGUGGGGUCUUUAAACGCUGUGUAAGGACCCUGAGUGCAUGGGUGAAAAAGGGUUCCAAGGCGUGAGCAGCAAUCUACCCACCUCGACUGUAAUCGGGGAUCCUCCAGCAGCGGGAGACCAUUUGACUACAUUAAAUUGGGAGAAAAUGCAUCAAUAAAAAUAAAAAAUAAAGGAAUUGAUUGAGGCUUUCUUGACCAUCAUCAGUACCCAGCCAUACAAAUACUCUUUUGACUGAAAGGGCACAAAUUCCCACAUACAUACCUCAAAGUCUGAGUGAGAAGCCCUGUCAGAAAAGUGGCUGUUGUUACCACUAAAAAGAUCACUUAUUAAAAUGGGAUGUCCAGCAAGCUCAUGGUCAGGUGUCCAAAUACUUUUGUAGUGCCAAGUAGUGCAUCUUAUAAUAAUGCCAGAUAAGACACAACAUCAUGACAACUAAGUGACACUAUUUUCAUAUAUAUAUAGAUUUUUUUUUUUUUUGGUGAAUCGUGCAUUUUGUCAUUAAUGCGUUUAUAAAAUGAGUGAAAUAAAUAUAUAGAAUGAUGCUUAAAAAGAGCUGGUGCAAAAAAAAAGGUAUUAAAACCAACAGUGUGCAAAGAUAGGAUUCUUUAAUCUGCUAUGUAACACCAUGAUUUAUUUUGACUUAAAUUAGAAAUGUACUUGAAGUUUUAUUUUUUAUGAAUUUUUAUUGCUUAGGAAGAAAAAGGAACUAUAUAUUUCCAGAUAAAAAAACAAGUUUUACAUUCUAUCGGAGAUGGGAUAUUUUGUCUUGAUUUUAUUUGAGUGAUAAUUAAUGAUAAUCAUAUUUUUAUUGCUGUUGCAGCUUAUUCGCUAUGAAAUACAAAAAGAAACUGUACAUAAAAAUAAGGAAUUGCUCUGAUUGGGUUGAUUACAUUUGUAUUGAGCCGUAUUAUUUUAGUAUUGUUUUUUGCUGGUGUGUUUUUCGCAUGCAUGUCGAGUUCAGUUUUAUUUUUCUCUUUACUGCAAAUACGUUUUAACUUGUAAAAAAAAAAAAGUAUAUAAAAAAGUAUUAAAACUGUUUAUA